AUGUCGGGGUUUCCAAAGGUUCCCUUGGUUGUAGGAGAUACCGAUGAUGAUGCUUCAAUUCAUUUACAGUCUCGCGUAGGCCCAGCGAGGCCACUACCAAAUAAACAAAACUCGUUUAAUCCUCACGAUGAAGAGAUAUUAAAGAUAUUGAAUGAGGUGGAUGACGAACUGGACGCAGGAUAUGACUUCAAUAAACAAUUUGCGAUAUUCCAAAAAAGUGGCAGCAUUCCAAAUGAAAUUGAAUUUAGUGACAAUGAUUCGGAUGCUGAUACCCAGGUGGAAUCAGCGAAUGAAUAUGAAGAAGAAAUCAACGAAAAGCAGGAAAAUAGGUACUAUCCAAACAUACAUAGAGAAGAAGAAAUAUUGGGGGACAGAUAUGGAGAGAAAGAACAUAGAGAUGAAAGUGAUAAACAGAAACCAAAUAAAAGUUUGUUUGAAGAAUUCAAGAAAGCUCGAGAAAGCACUCACCCAUUCAUGGAAACUACUCAGACUAAUUAUAAGAAGUAUGCGUUAUUUGCGCUUAUGUCAUUUUCAGUAACAUGCAUAGUACUAUUAAUAUACCAACGUGAAAUCAUUUUCCAUCCGGUAAUCAUAGAUAAGCCGAUUGAGAAUUACUAUGAAAUAAACUCGAAGUUUGGUAAUCUCGAAAAUAGAGUAAAUAAAUUAACUCUGUUUGCUGAAGACUUAUCUAAAAAACAAGAGAAUCUUAUUCAAAAACAUGAGAUGUUAUCAGCGAAUAUAAAUGAAAAAUUUGAUUUAGUUAGCGACAGGUUUGGUAAAAUUAAUUCAAAUAUAAUAAGUCUGCAUCAAUUUGAUUCGUUAUUGAAAGAAUUCACUGCCUUGAAGGCAAGGGUAAGUGAGUCUGAACCAUAUACUAACCCUGAACCAAAAUUGCUUGAAAUUACAGAGAAAUUGAAUAAACUCUCGAAAAUUAGUGAUAAUAUUGAGUCGGUUAAAACCAGCAUAUUAAAGGAAUUCUCAGCAACUCUACCAGAGAAGGUACCAGUGUACAUUAAGGACAAUAAGAUCCAUUAUAUUCCGGAAUUUCACAAAUACAUAUAUAACUUUAUUGAUAAUUACCAAAAGGAGAAAAAUUUUACCACUCACGUAAGUUGGGACCAGUUUUUACGUGAAAAUGAGGAUAAUAUGAAUAAUCAUAUUAAUUCAAUAAUGAAAAAAACUAAUCUACUUAAUAUUAGUAAGGAAAAGCUUGAACAUUUCUUGCAGAAGAAAAUCAAUGAAAAUAAUAAACAAAUAUGGGAAAAGUACAAUAAUUUGAUUGAUAAUUUGAAUAUUGUGCAUAAUAACUCAACAUCUAUUGCAAAAAAUUUUGAAAAGUCUACGAAUACGAUUUUGCUCGAUAACUUAUUAGAAAUAUUUGCUAAAGGUUCAAACAAAGUUAAUUAUGCGGAUUAUAAGCUCGGUUCUAGAAUAUUGGGCUUCUUAACGAGUACAUCUAUGUCAUCGACAGGUAGUCAAACUUCACAUAAAUCCUUACCCAGAAGGAUUUUUUUGGGAUGGUUUGAUUAUUUGAAUUCAAGUGGUGUUCAUAAGCCUAAGAACUGGAAAUAUAACGCUAAUAAUGUUUUGAUUGAUGGGGGAAAUUAUUGGCAUUGUGAAUCAAAUGAAUGUUCAAUUGGUUUAAGAUUAUCUAACCCUGUUAUCUUGACUGAUUUGAUAUUUAAAAAUCCCCCUAUUGAUAGUAUAAAGUCUCCUAGCUUCGUUUCCAUUUAUAUUAAGCCUACAAAUCCUGAACAAGUGAAUGAAUUAAUAGAAUACUUACAAAAUCUAAAAUUUGAUAUAGCUAAAACCAAUGGUCAGAAAUAUUUGAAGAAAUUUUACAAGAUUAAGGAAGUGUCACUUGACCCUGACAAACCCAUUAAUCAUGUUAAAUUACCGGUAAGUUUGGUAAAUUUGAAAAUUCCUAUUAAAGAUAUUUAUGUUCAACUUAAGUCGAACAGUGGAAUUACUGGAUUAUACAAUUUAAAAGCCUAUGGGAUAAGCGAAUUUAAUUCAUAUAAGUAUAAUCAAGAAUUCGAAUUAUUAGUAGAUAAGUUAUCAGAAUUGGAUGAAAAUGAAGAACCAAUAACUAAUAACAUUGACAUUAAUAGUUUCAUAGAUGAAAAUCAUUCCGAUAUCUUAGGUGAUGAUGAAAUAUUAUUUUAA